UUCCCCACUCUGUGCCUCAGUGGCCUGUGCCCUUCUGAGCAGCUCAGGCUGCACAUGGGGGAGGAGCCAAUCAUUGGAGCCUGUCCUUGGCUGGGGGUGGCACCACCUCACUUGUUACCAUGGCAACACCACCCUUUAGGCUUCACCUGUGUCCCCCCAUGAUGCCACAGGAAUGGGGCACAGGGAGGAGGGCUCAAACUCAGGCGGACAUCUAGACCAGGGGCGUAGGGGACACCUGUGUUGGCCUGGAGGUAUACAGGUUGGGUCACCUUGCAGGCACUCAGGUGGCUCACCCAGGUGGGGCUGACACCCUGUGGCAGGCCUGUAACCAGAUGCCCUCGCUACUGCCUGCCCGUCCGCCACUGCCACCAACCAGGUCUGUGCUCCUCCCAGCAGCUCAUGCUAGGCCGUUGCUAUAGCGAUGGGGGAGGCAGCCCUGGCCUGUUGCUGCAGCUACAGUAGCAGAGGUGCCCGUGGAGGGGGGGUGGAACUGGCACUGUGGCUGUGACCCCAGCACCCGCCACUCAUGCAUCCACCUCAUCUGUGUGCUGUGGCCCUCGCCUGCUCGAGCGGCCUCUGGGUUCUGGCCUUCGAGAUCUUCAUCCCGCUGGUCCUCUUUUUCAUCCUGCUGGGGCUGCGGCAGAAGAAGCCCACCAUCUCGGUGAAGGAAGUCUCUUUCUACACUGCAGCACCCCUGACUUCUGCUGGCAUCUUACCCGUCAUGCAAUCCCUGUGCCCAGACGGCCAGCGGGAUGAGUUUGGCUUCCUGCAGUACACCAACUCCACGGUCACGCAGCUUCUGGAACGGCUCAGCCGGGUGGUGGAGGAGGGUAACCUGUUUGACCCUGCAAGGCCCAGUCUGGGUUCAGAAUUGGAAGCCCUGCGGCAGCACCUGGAGGCCCUGAGCACUGGUCCCACCACCUGGGAGAACAGCCCAGCCAGCCCUGCAGUACCCUCCUUCUCGCUGGACUCAGUGGCCAGGGACCCCCGGGAGCUGUGGCUCUUCUUGACGCAGAAUUUGUCGCUACCCAACAGCACAGCUCAGGCUCUGAUGGCUGCCCAGGUGGACUCACCAGAGGAGCUGCUGCGGACCCCCGCCUUCCUGGAGAGGCUGACCUGUAUACCAGGUUCCGGGGAGCUGGGCCAGAUCCUCAGGGCACCUAAAGGCCAGCAGAGUGCACUGCAGGGCUAUCGGGACUCUGUCUGCAGCGGGCAGGCCGCCACCCGCGCUCGCCGCUUCUCUGCGCUGGCAGCUGAGCUCAGGAGCCAGCUGGACAUGGCCAAGGUCACCCGGCAGCUGGGCCUGGAUGGGACCAAUGGGUCGGACCCCCAACGGCAGCAGCAGCCCCCACCCCUGCAAAUCCAGGCGCUGCUGGAAGACCUGCUAGACGCCCAGAGGGCCCUGCGGGAUGUGGAUGUCCUCUCUGCUCUGGCCCUGCUGCUACCUCAGGGUGCUUGUGCUGGUCGGAGCCCCUCCCCUGCCAGCGUGCCUGGGGGCGUGGCCAAUGGCACCGGCCUGGGUGCCACCACUGGGGCCAAUGCCUCAGUGGAGGAAGGCGCCCCGCCCGCCGGGGCCCCGGCCUCAGCAGACAAGCUACAGGGCCAGUGUGCAGCCUUCGUGCAGCUGUGGGCCGGCCUGCAGCCCAUCCUCUGCGGCAACAACCGCACCAUCGAGCCUGAGGCACUGCGCAGAGCCAACAUGAGCUCCCUGGGCUUCACGAAUAAGGAGCAGCGGAACCUGGGCCUCCUGGUGCACCUCAUGACCAGCAAUCCCAAGAUCCUGUAUGCGCCUGCGGGCUCCGAGGCCGACCGCGUCAUCCUGAAGGCCAACGAGACCUUCGCCUUCUUGGGCAACGUGACGCACUACGCCCAGGUCUGGCUCAACAUCUCGUCGGAGAUCCGCAGCUUUCUGGAGCAGGGUCGACUGCGGCAGCACCUACGCUGGCUGCAGCAGUAUGUUACAGAGCUACGGCUGCACCCCGAAGCACAGAACCUCUCGCUGGAGGAGCUGCCGCCUGCCCUGCGCCAGGACAACUUCUCGCUGCCUAAUGGCUCGGCCCUGCUGCAGCAGCUGGACACCAUCGAUAAUGCCGCUUGUGGCUGGAUCCAGUUCAUGUCAAAGGUCAGCGUGGACAUCUUCAAAGGCUUUCCCGACGAGGAGAGCAUCGUCAACUAUACGCUCAACCAGGCCUAUCAGGACAACGUCACUGUGUUUGCCAGCGUCAUCUUCCAGAUGCGUAAGGAUGGCUCCCUGCCGCCCCACGUCCACUACAAAAUCCGCCAGAACUCCAGUUUCACGGAGAAAACCAAUGAGAUCCGCAGGGCCUACUGGCGCCCAGGGCCCAACACGGGGGGCCGCUUCUACUUCCUGUACGGCUUCGUGUGGAUCCAGGACAUGAUGGAACGCGCCAUCAUCAACAUCUUCGUGGGCCAUGACGUGGUGGAGCCGGGCAGCUAUGUGCAGAUGUUUCCUUACCCGUGCUACACGCGCGACGACUUCCUGUUCGUCAUCGAACACAUGAUGCCGCUUUGCAUGGUCAUCUCCUGGGUCUACUCGGUGGCCAUGACCAUCCAGCACAUCGUGGCGGAGAAGGAGCACCGGCUAAAGGAGGUGAUGAAGACCAUGGGCCUGAACAAUGCAGUGCACUGGGUGGCCUGGUUCAUCACUGGCUUCGUGCAGCUGUCCAUCUCGGUGACCGCGCUCACGGCCAUCCUCAAGUACGGCCAGGUCCUCAUGCACAGCCACGUGCUCAUCAUCUGGCUCUUCCUGGCCGUCUAUGCCGUGGCCACCAUCAUGUUCUGCUUCCUGGUGUCUGUGCUGUACUCCAAGGCCAAGCUGGCCUCCGCCUGCGGAGGGAUUGUCUACUUUCUGAGCUACGUGCCCUACAUGUACGUGGCCAUCCGCGAGGAAGUGGCUCAUGACCGGAUCACGGCCUUUGAGAAGUGCAUUGCGUCCCUGAUGUCCACGACAGCCUUCGGCCUGGGCUCCAAGUACUUUGCCCUGUAUGAGGUGGCAGGCGUGGGCAUUCAGUGGCAUACCUUCAGCCAGUCCCCUGUGGAGGGGGACGACUUCAACCUGCUGCUGGCCGUCACCAUGCUGGUGGUAGAUGCGGCUGUCUACGGCAUGCUCACGUGGUACAUAGAGGCUGUGCACCCAGGCAUGUAUGGGCUGCCCCGGCCCUGGUACUUCCCGCUGCAGAAGUCCUACUGGCUGGGCAGUGGGCGAACCGAGACGUGGGAAUGGAACUGGCCGUGGGCUAAACCCCCCCGUCUCAGCGUCAUGGAGGAAGACCAAGCCUGCGCCAUGGAGAGCCGGCGCUUCGAGGAGAUGCGCGGCAUGGAGGAGGAGCCCACCCACCUGCCACUGGUGGUGUGCGUGGACAAGCUCACCAAGGUCUACAAGAAUGACAGGAAGCUCGCCUUGAACAAGCUGAGCCUGAACCUGUAUGAGAACCAGGUGGUCUCUUUCCUGGGCCACAACGGGGCUGGCAAGACCACCACCAUGUCCAUCCUGACCGGCCUGUUCCCCCCCACCUCGGGCUCGGCUACCAUCUACGGGCACGACAUCCGCACGGAGAUGGACGAAAUCCGCAAGAACCUGGGCAUGUGCCCGCAGCACAACGUGCUCUUCGACCGCCUCACAGUGGAGGAACACCUGUGGUUCUACUCGCGCCUGAAGAGUAUGGCGCAGGAGGAGAUCUGCAAGGAGAUGGACAAGAUGAUCCAGGACCUAGAACUCUCCAACAAGCGGCGCUCGCUGGUGCAGACGCUGUCCGGCGGCAUGAAGCGCAAGCUCUCCGUGGCCAUUGCCUUCGUGGGCGGGUCCCGCGCCAUCAUCCUGGACGAGCCCACGGCUGGCGUGGACCCCUAUGCCCGCCGCGCUAUCUGGGACCUCAUUCUGAAGUACAAGCCGGGCCGUACCAUCCUUCUGUCCACCCACCACAUGGACGAGGCCGACUUGCUAGGGGACCGGAUUGCCAUCAUCUCCCAUGGGAAGCUCAAAUGCUGUGGCUCGCCUCUGUUCCUCAAGGGCGCCUAUGGCGAUGGGUACCGCCUCACUCUGGUCAAGCGGCCUGCCGAUCCCGGAGGGCCCCCCCAAGAGCCAGGGCUAGGGUCCAGCCCCCCGGGCCGGGCCGUGCUGAGCAGCUGCUCAGAGCUGCAAGUCUCCCAGUUCAUCCGCAAACACGUGGCCUCCUGCCUGCUAGUCUCCGACACCAGCACAGAGCUGUCCUACAUGCUGCCCAGCGAGGCUGCCAAGAAAGGGGCCUUCGAGCGCCUCUUCCAGCACCUGGAGCGCAGUCUGGAGGAGCUGUCCCUGAGCAGCUUCGGGCUGAUGGACACCACACUGGAGGAGGUGUUUCUCAAGGUGUCGGAGGAGGAUCAGUCCCUGGAAAACAGCGAGGCUGAUGUGAAGGAAUCUAGGAAGGACGUGAUGUUGGGGACAGGGGGCCCAGUGGCUGGGGAGGCCCCUGCUGGCAACCUGGCACGCUGCUCAGAGCUGGCUGAGUCUCAGGCAUCGCUGCAGUCAGCAGCAUCCUCCGUGGGCUCUGCCCGUGGUGACGAGGGCGCUGGCUAUGCCGAGGCCUACGAGGAUUAUCACCCCCUCUUUGACAACCUGCAGGACCCCGACAAUGUCAGCCUGCAAGAGGCCGAGGUGGAGGCCCUCACGCGGGUUGGCCAGGGCAGCCGCCGGCUGGAUGGCUGGUGGCUGCGACUGCGCCAGUUCCACGGGCUCCUGGUGAAGCGCUUCCACUGUGCGCGCCGCAACUCCAAGGCCCUCUGCUCCCAGAUCCUGCUGCCAGCCCUCUUUGUCUGCGUGGCCAUGACGGUGGCUCUGUCGGUGCCCGAGAUCGGUGACCUGCCUCCACUGGUCCUUUCCCCGUCUCAGUACCACAACUACACCCAGCCCCGAGGGAACUUCAUCCCCUAUGCCAAUGAGCAGCGCUGGGAGGACAGGCUGCGGCUGUCACCAGACGCUGGCCCCCAGCAGCUGGUCAGCACCUUUCGGCUGCCUUCUGGCGUGGGCGCCACCUGCGUGCUCAAGUCUCCCGCCAAUGGCUCCCUGGGGCCCACCAUGAACCUGAGCAGCGGCGAGUCCCGGGUGCUGGCGGCUCGCUUCUUUGACAGCAUGUGCCUCGAGUCCUUCACCCAGGGGGUGCCCCUCUCCAACUUCGUGCCACCCCCACCCUCGCCCGCCCCCUCCGACUCCCCCGUGUCCUCCGACGAUGACCCUCUGCAGGCCUGGAACGUCUCCCUACCACCCACUGCCGUGCCAGAGACCUGGACCUCAGCACCCUCGCUGCCGCGCCUGGUGCGGGAGCCUGUCCGCUGCAGCUGCUCCACGCAGGGCACAGGCUUCUCCUGUCCCAGCGGUGUGGGUGGACACCCACCCCAGAUGCGCGUGGUGACGGGUGACAUUCUGAUGGACAUCACUGGCCACAACGUCUCCGAGUAUCUGCUCUUCACCUCCGACCGCUUCCGGCUGCACCGGUACGGGGCCAUCACCUUUGGGCAUGUGCAAAAAUCCAUCCCAGCCUCGUUUGGCGCCCAGGCCCCGCCCAUGGUGCGGAAGAUCGCGGUGCGCAGGGCGGCCCAGGUAUUCUACAACAACAAGGGAUAUCACAGCAUGCCCACCUACCUCAACAGCCUCAACAACGCCAUCCUGCGGGCCAACCUGCCCAAGAGCAAGGGCAACCCUGCGGCCUAUGGUAUCACCGUCACCAACCACCCCAUGAACAAGACCAGUGCCAGCCUCUCCCUGGAUUACCUGCUGCAGGGCACCGAUGUGGUCAUCGCCAUCUUCAUCAUCGUGGCCAUGUCCUUCGUACCAGCCAGCUUCGUGGUCUUCCUGGUGGCCGAGAAGUCCACCAAGGCCAAACACCUGCAGUUCGUCAGUGGCUGCAACCCUGUCAUCUACUGGCUGGCCAACUACGUGUGGGACAUGCUCAACUACCUGGUCCCAGCCACCUGCUGCGUCAUCAUCCUGUUUGUGUUUGACCUGCCGGCCUACACGUCGCCCACGAACUUCCCGGCUGUGCUCUCGCUCUUCCUGCUCUAUGGGUGGUCUAUCACCCCUAUCAUGUACCCGGCAUCCUUCUGGUUCGAGGUGCCCAGCUCCGCCUACGUCUUCCUCAUCGUCAUCAACCUUUUCAUCGGCAUCACGGCCACCGUGGCCACCUUCCUGCUGCAGCUCUUUGAGCACGAUAAGGACCUGAAGGUCGUCAACAGCUACCUGAAAAGCUGCUUCCUCCUCUUCCCCAACUACAACCUGGGCCACGGGCUCAUGGAAAUGGCCUACAACGAGUACAUUAACGAGUACUACGCGAAGAUCGGCCAGUUUGACAAGAUGAAGUCCCCGUUCGAGUGGGACAUUGUCACACGUGGGCUGGUGGCCAUGGCCAUAGAGGGCUUUGUGGGCUUCUUCCUCACCAUCAUGUGCCAGUACAGCUUCAUGCGGCGGCCGCAGCGCAUGCCGGUGUCCACCCAGCCCGUGGAGGAUGACAUCGAUGUGGCCAGUGAGCGGCAGCGAGUGCUGCGGGGGGACGCAGACAAUGACAUGGUCAAGAUCGAGAACUUGACCAAGGUGUACAAGUCCCGGAAGAUGGGACGCAUCCUGGCGGUGGACCGCCUGUGCCUGGGUGUGCGUCCAGGAGAGUGCUUCGGCCUCCUGGGUGUCAACGGCGCCGGAAAGACCAGCACCUUCAAGAUGCUCACGGGCGACGAGAGCACGACGGGGGGCGAGGCCUUUAUCAAUGGGCACAGCGUGCUGAAGGAGCUGCUCCAGGUGCAGCAGAGCCUGGGCUACUGCCCGCAGUUUGACGCCCUGUUCGAUGAGCUCACGGCUCGGGAGCACCUGCAGCUGUACACGCGGCUGCGCGGCAUCCCCUGGAAGGACGAGGCGCAGGUGAUCAGGUGGGCGCUGGAGAAGCUGGAGCUGACCAAGUAUGCCGACAAGCCUGCCGGCACGUACAGCGGCGGAAACAAGCGCAAGCUGUCCACCGCCAUCGCCCUCAUCGGGUACCCGGCCUUCAUCUUCCUGGAUGAGCCCACCACUGGGAUGGACCCCAAGGCCAGGCGCUUUCUGUGGAAUCUCAUCCUGGACCUCAUCAAGACUGGCCGCUCGGUAGUUCUGACCUCUCACAGCAUGGAGGAAUGUGAGGCCCUGUGCACGCGGCUGGCCAUCAUGGUGAACGGUCGGCUCCGCUGCCUGGGCAGCAUCCAGCACCUGAAAAACAGGUUUGGGGACGGCUACAUGAUCACGGUGCGGACCAAGGUCAGCCAGAACGUGAAGGAUGUGGUGCGGUUCUUCAACCACCACUUCCCGGAGGCGGUGCUCAAGGAGCGGCAUCACACCAAGGUGCAGUACCAGCUGAAGUCCCAGCACAUCUCCCUGGCCCAGGUGUUCAGCAGGAUGGAGCAGGUGGUGGGCGUGCUGGGCAUUGAGGACUAUUCCGUCAGCCAGACCACCCUGGACAAUGUGUUCGUGAACUUCGCCAAGAAGCAGAGUGACAACCUGGAGCAGCAGGAGACGGAGCUGCCCUCCGGCCUGCAGUCCCCACUCAGUCGCCUGCUCAGCCUGUUCCGGGCCCGCCCAGCCCCCACUGAGCUCCGGGCGCUGGUGGCCGACGAGCCCGAGGACCUGGACACAGAGGAUGAGGGUCUCAUCAGCUUUGAGGAGGAAAGGGCCCAGCUCUCCUUCAACACGGACACGCUUUGUUGAGCCCGGGAGCUGGAGCCGGGACGCGGCAAUGGGACACUCAGGCAGAGGCUGGGGCCCCCGGGCCUGCCCACCAGCCUUGGAGUGGGGGGUCCAGGACCCAGGGGCGACACCUCCUUCCAGUCUACCGGCCAUUCCGCCCUGCCCAUGGUCCCUGGGGCCGCCCACCCUGAUUGUGCCAAAGGCCGGCCUGCCCACUGGGCCGUGUACCCCUCACCCUGCUCUGCCUUAACGCCUUGGGGUCUGGCCCGUCCCCUGGCUCUGCUUCUGCCCAGCAUUGCCCACAACCCACCAGGCUGGCUGCCCAGGCUGCCCCAGGACAUGGCCCAAGGGAGCCUGGCCUGUCAGACUGGGCUUCUUCCUUGGGCCUUGGGGGCGCCCCGAAGCAAGCUCAAGGGGUCUUUGCUUUAGGAGGGACCCCCUGUCUGGACUCCUGUGGCAGGAAGGGCCUGCCAUGGAGGGGGAGGGCAGGAGGAGUGAGCGACUGGCCCUGCGUCCAGGUGGGCGCCAGGCCCACUGCCCUCCAGUUGCCCUUGCCCUCCACCCGGCUUGGCCCUGCCACCAGCUUCUGGAGCCAGGUCUGUACACAGCGCACAGAUGUUUGUUUUAAAUAAAAAAGACAAGAUUCAAACCC